UUGAUCAUUAUUCACACAAUUAAGAAUGGCUUCCGUCAACUUCUUUCCCUAUCUACUUCUCAUACUUGUUCUAUACUUCGCUUCAAGUAGUGCAUCCGCAGAACAGUCUCGUACUCUACGAGAUUGUAAGUUUGAAGCAAUAUAUCAACUCGGAGAUUCUAUAGCAGAUACGGGUAAUUUAAUUCGUGAAAAUUUUCUCACUCUGUUUGCUCGACUUCCAUACGGUGAAUCAUUCUUCAAGCCAGGAACUGGUAGAUGUUCAAAUGGACUUCUAAUGAUUGAUUUUAUUGCUCAAUCUGCCGGACUUCCUUUACUCGAACCAUACUUGGAUAAGAGUUCUACUUUUGACCAUGGAGUAAAUUUUGCGGUUGCUGGAGCUACUGCCUUGCCUACUAAAGUUCUUGCAAAGAGAUGGAUAUUUUCUCUAUUUACGAAGAGUUCUUUAAACAGACAAGUUGACUGGAUGGAUAAUCAUUUCAGCCAAAUAUGUGAAAACACACAAGAUUGUGGGAAGAAAAUUAGUAAUUCUCUCUUCAUGGUUGGUGAAAUUGGUGGAAAUGAUUAUAAUUAUGCAUUGCUUGAAGGACACAGUGUAGAUGAAGUUAAGACGAUUGUACCUGAAGUUGUACAAGUUAUAAAAGAUGCUGUUAAGGUUAAGUUCAUCAUUUUUAUAGUCACAAUAUUAAAUUUAUUUUUAACUUUCUUUUUAAAAUUUUUGUUGCAGAAAGUGAUUGGUUAUGGUGCCACUCGUAUUGUUGUUUCGGGAAAUUUUCCAAUUGGUUGUGUUCCGAUUUAUCUUACAUCAUUUGAAACAAAUGAUAAGACUGCUUAUGAUGAUUUGCACUGUUUAAAGGAGUUAAAUGAUUUGGCAGCGUAUCACAAUCAGCUCCUUCAACAUGCCAUUGAAGAGCUAGGAAAUGAAAAUACUAUAAUGUAUGGUGAUUAUUACAAUGCAUAUCAACGGAUUUUACGUAAUGCUUCUUCUAUGGGAUUUGAUCCAACAGUGACACACAAGUCUUGUUGUGGCAGCGGAGGUGAUUAUAAUUUUAAUUUUUUGCAAAUAUGUGGAUUACCUUUCGUACCAGUCUGUUCAAAUCCCGACGUAUAUGUAAGCUUUGACGGAGUUCAUUCAACACAAAAAACAUAUUCUUAUAUAGCAGAGUGGCUCAUCGGAGACAUGAAUUUGAAAUUUAAGUGUAACGCUUGAAUUAGAUUUUAUUCUGUCAUAAAAGGUUCUUAUUCAUUGUUAGGAAAAUGUGAGGAAAAAGUUUUUAUUCAUUCUUAUUCGUUGUUAUUUGCUGUUUAGAUGAGGAGCAAUUCAUUUUAAUUCAAUUUCAAUCCAAGAGUUUAUAUAC